CGAAAAUGGCGGCGAGUCAGGGAGGGAUGGGUGCUGCGGCGACUCUUCAGAGCCAGCAUUAUCUGAAUGUCACUCACUGGAACCCGGGUGUGAUGCAACAGCAGCAUCCGCUGCACACCGCCCGUAGUUUGGAGCGCGCUCUGGACGAUGCCCUCUGCUCCGGGAUGUUCAACAUCAGUGGCAGAAAAUUGCGCGAUUACCCGGGGCUCAACUACGAUCUGACCGAUACUACACAAGCAGACUUGUCAAGAAACCGUUUCUGUGAAAUCCCUCCAGAAGUCUGUAUGUUUGCACCUCUGGAGUCAUUAAACCUUUAUCACAACUGCAUAAAAGUCCUUCCAGAGGCCAUUAUCAACUUACAGAUGCUCACCUACCUGAACAUCAGUCGAAAUCAACUGUCCGUGCUCCCCAAGACUCUCUUCAAUCUUCCUCUGAAAGUGCUGGUGGUGAGCAACAAUAAACUCCUGUCUGUUCCUGAGGAAAUCGGCAAGGCCAAAGACCUUAUGGAGCUGGACAUUAGCUGUAAUGAGAUCCAGGUGCUUCCAACUCAGAUGGGAAAACUCCUCGUAUUACGAGAACUCAACAUACGAAGAAACUGCCUUCAAGUUCUACCAGAUGAGUUGUCUGUUCUGCCAUUGAUAAGGUUGGAUUUCUCUUGUAAUAAGAUUACAGAGAUUCCCCAAUCUUACUGCAAACUCAAGCAGUUAGAACACAUUGUUCUUGACAACAACCCUAUGCAGUCUCCACCCGCGCAGAUCUGUUUAAAGGGGAAGAUUCACAUCUUCAAGUAUUUAAACAUUCAGGCAUGUCGCCUGGAUAAAAAACCAGACAUGCUUGAACUGCCCUCUCUGGGAAAACGUUGCUUACCACAGCAGCUGACAGAUAGUAUGGAAGAUUUCUAUCCCAGUAAAAACCAUGGCCCUGACUCAGGUAUUGGCAGUGACAACGGCGACAAAAGGCUGUCGACUACGGAGCCAUCAGACGAUGACACUGUUAGUCUCCACUCUCAAGUGUCUGAGACAGCGCGGGUUGAUGCACACAUACUUCUCACAAAGCUGGACUCAAACAAAGAUCAGGACCCAUAUGACUUUAUUGAGCCAAAUCCAGAUGAAGAAGCUGCACUUUCUGAGGGAGAUAUACAACACAAUGCACCCAACGUGUCAUGUAUAAAGGAGUUGGAGAGGGUUUUAAAAACACACCAAAGCAAAGACAAAGAGAACUGUAAAGAGGAGUCUGGCUCAGAGAAAGAGCAGUUAGCUGAAGAAGAGGAAGAUGACUUGAAGGAAGUGUUGGAUCUGAGGAAGAUCGCAGUACAGCUGCUACAACAAGAACAACAGAACAGGAGGCGGUCCCUAAUUUGCAGGGCAGAGAGUCUAAUACACCGUAGAAGAGCAGCGGGGAGAGCUCACAGAUUUCUCAGUCAUUCAGGAAGCAGCAGCAAACAGAGAUCCCCAUCUCAGACUGGCAGAAGUGCAUCACUAGAUGAGGGAAGCAGCUCAGCCUCUGCCCUGAGUGGACAGGAGACUGAUCUCACUGACGAAGAUGCAGCUUUCUCUGAGCCUUCUUCUUGCUCGUUUGAUGGAAGUUUGAGCAGUGAUUCGGAACCAAGAUGGCCAGAGGUUCCUCCUGUACUCAACCAGAAUGAGGAUCGCAGAAGAAACAAGUACCUGAGGAAAGACUAUCUGAAGUACAAGUGCCAAAGUGCUCGAAGACACUCCAGUGGCCAUGACAAUGAUUGUGAGGAGGGAAUGUGUUCUAAUGAUUCUACCACAACCCUCACCGUCUUUGGCCUGAAACCUAGAUCAGUCCUCUCCCAUUGCAGUCGACAAGACUUCAGCUCCACAGACCCAACCUUCACCAUGAGGAGAAAGAUGGAGCACCUCAGGGAAGAGAUGGAGCAGAUCGGACUCCUGCGGCAGAAUCUCGAGUGCAGGUUAAAGGUUUUAUUGCCAGAUGAUGUGGGUGUUGCUUUAAUGGAUGGUGUUGUUUUAUGCCAUCUGGCCAAUCAUAUCUGUCCUCGUUCAGUGGCCAGCAUUCAUGUGCCCUCCCCUGCAGUGCCAAAGCUGACCAUGGCCAAGUGCCGGCGGAAUGUUGAGAAUUUCUUGGAUGCUUGUAAAAAGCUUGGAGUGCCACAGGACAAAUUGUGUUUGCCACAUCACAUCCUGGAGGAGCGAGGUCUGGUAAAAGUUGGUGUCACUGUACAGGCUUUGCUGGAUCUUCCAUCAACAAAACCCAACCAACUCUCCACCAUGUAGCAUUGCUUGAUCAUGGGAUGACCACUGGCAUCCAUUUACCCUGCCUUACCACCUCAUACUCACAUCCUCUACCCCAGAUAACCUCUCAAUACCGAACUUUGAUCUUGAUCAUGACUCUUCACCCUAGCUCAACUACAGUGACAAGUCCGACAUCCCCUAUCUCUUUUAACUCCCAAUGAAAGGGACUAGACAUAUUAAGCCUACUCUAGUUGAAAACCACACAUUUAAUUCAGAGGGAGAACGGGUAAGCAGACUAAAACCAAAGUGGGCUACAGACACCAUUUGGGCCAGCUAAAUGCAGUAGACUAGUACCAUAUUACUGAAUUCACCUUUUCAUGGAUAAACUCUAAAUAUCUGUUUUUAUUCCAUGAGGCAGGUAAACCUUCUUUUUUAUCUGCUCAUCUCUCUUGUUGUCUCUUCUCUUGGACCGGUGAGCCUUACUGGUGAGGACUGGAGAAAAGUACACAGCUGUCUGUCUGAUUAUGGACAAGAGGGAAGGUGUUACUUAAAUGCCAGACCAACCCUCACCUGUAUGAAGUCAAUAAGAGCUGUUUAACUGCACCCUAUAUCACCUCACAUUCUGUCACUCCCUUGCUACAUGAGGAAGAAUAAUAGAACAGAAAAAUGUUCAUGUAAAUCUUAACCAGACAAGCACAGAGGAAAUCCGGAAAAUUGGUUGUAGUAAACAGUGUGUCCCAAGGAAACAACUGUUGACUCAUUGCUGUGACAAUGGGCUUUGCACUAUAAAGUAUUCACUUUUAGUCUACAAGUCUGGAUGGAUGUGGUUACAUGCCUGUACAAGACAAAGUCUCACGUGUAUGCUUUUACCCGCCUGCCAGUGUUUUCCAAUGUUUUAUCUUUUUUCAUUAUUGUUUUCUCUGUUAUUUCCAGGGAGAUUUAUUUAAUACUUCAAUUCUCAUGAACAAUCGAUGCCUGCUUUAGGCAUUCCCUGCAUCAAUUGGAAACGUUUUUGCCCUUGUGCCUGUGUAAAUGCAGUGUGCUUACAUAAAAAAAUCACUUUUAUUGUGUGAUGUGCAGGUAUGCAUAAUUGCAGCACUAAGAAUAGGUCUGUUAAAUGUUCCUGCAAAGCUGAAUAUUAUUUCCAUACAGUUGGAACAGUCCAUUAGUAAUUAAUACACAAUAGUUUGUAAUGAUUGAAACACUCAAUCACUUAAGUUAAAGAUUUUUUUUUUUUUUAAAUAUCUUGUGGAAAAACAAGUCAAAGGAGUCUUUGAUGCUUGGAAUAUUCAAGUUGUAAAUUAUUUGAUGCAGGAAAUUUUGUUCACCACCGUAAACUGUGAAGAUGUGUUAAUUGGGGAACACAAUUUUAAAAUUGUGUAUUCAUUUAUUUAUUUACCUUACAUUUACUUAUAUUUAUUUGUUGAAUCGUAUUUACUUUUUCAUAAAAACAAUUUGCAAUGCCAGUAGAAUUUGAGAAAGUGUUUUAUAUAUUGCACACAGAGACAGACAUGAAAAUUGAGGAAACCAUCUGAACAAUAGACCAGUAGUUCUUAACUUUUUUGACACUAAGGCCCCCCCAAAUUGGCAGUCGCCCCUUCCCCAUUUAUGUUUUAUUGGAAUCCAGUUCAAAAUGCGUAAUUUAUUGAAUGAAAUCAACAGUUUCAAGGGCCCAGAUAACACAAUGUAAUUGACAUCUGCUAAACAUCUUAAAAAGAUCAAAUUUACAAACAAUCGAAAUCAUAAACGUCUCAAAGACAUCUACUGAAUGUCUUUUAUUGACAUCCGAGACAUACGUAUUGACAUAGAUGUAUUGCAGGUGAGCAAGCAACAUAAAGAAUACAUUUUCCAGAUGUAAGUAGGGGAGAGUGGGGCACAAACUAACGUGUGGCUAGUUGUAAACUGUUUAUUUAAAAUGAGGCAAACUUGGUAUAAUUGUAAUCUCCAAUCUGUUAGCUAGCAUUUUGCAUAGUCUUUUAAUUCCCAGGUUUAAAUCCCAGUUGCGCCGACGGAGCACGUUGUAACACUGCGUUACAGCGUACCCCAACUACAAAAAACUAUUUACAAUUCCAUGCAUUUGUUUUCCAAGGUUGUACGCUCUACAGUAUUGGUCUACUUUGCAAUAACAGGACCUCCAUUAAGCAUGAUCAUGCAAAAUCAUUGUAAGCAAUCUGAUUUUAAUCAGAGUUAGAAAUAUAAUGCCAUUAUAUAUUGUAUACAUACAUCUUGAUUUUUAGAAGUUUUAGCACUUUCAUUUUUAUAUUAUUCUAAUAUAAUUUAUGAAAAAAUUAUUUUAAGUUAUCUUGGGGCCCCUUGGAAAUUUGCAGAGCCCCCCCUGGUUGAGAACAACUGGUAUAGACUACAUACUGCAUGCUACAUUUUGAAAUGUAUGCAAAACUACAAAGUCUGCUACAGUAAUGAUUCAAAUUGUAGCCAAUCAUUGUCAUAUGAUCUAAAACCUACAGCAUAUCCAGUUGCAGAAAUACUGAAACUGAAGUUUCAUGACAAUCAUAUUGCACUGUGGGAAACAGUUCUUGAUUAUUACAGUAUGACAAUCUGCAUACUGUUAUUACUGUGUGCUGCGUUCCAAAUUUCUGUCAAAUUUAAUGAAGUUGUGUGAAAGCACAACCAUUCUUGUGGUACAAUAUUUAUUUGAAUCUUCCCAUCAAACUUCAUACUGGCAAUGCUUUGAAAUAUUAUCUGAAAAUGUUCAGUUUGUAUAAAGAAACAUUGAUUAAAAUGUAAUGAAUAGACAGGAGGCACCUCCUAUGCAGUGCACACAUAAUACUGUAUGUAUAGGUGUUUUUUUUUAUGACGACUGAAAUCGCAUGCCUGCAUCAAACCAUCAUUCAUGUACAUAAUCUCUGUAUAAACACAUUAGGAUGUUUCUUUAAAAGGAAAACAAAAAGUUUGAAAUGUCAGAAUACUGGAAUAAA